CGGAGCCCAGCCGGCCGGCCAAGCGACCGGUCUUCGUCGUCCCCUUGGCGCCCUGUGAGAGUCACCCACGGCUGGACGGACUGACCGCCGGAGGAGGGCCUGCCGGGGCAGUGGCAGCGCGGGCCCGAUGGCGCGGGUCGCGUGAGGCGGCAGGCCGAGUGCGGCCCGCGGUGCGCCCGCCCAGCGAUGCGGGCCCCGCCCGUCGCCUCAGGUGCCAUUUGGAUAGUACGUUAGCGGCACGAUGUACUCUGAGUGGCGGUCACUGCAUUUGGUGAUUCAGAAUGAUCAAGGCCAUACCAGUGUGCUACACAGCUAUCCAGAGAGUGUUGGGCGAGAGGUGGCGAAUGCUGUGGUCCGUCCCCUUGGGCAGGCAUUAGGUACCUCUUCAGUGGCUGGUAGUGAGAGUUUGUUAAAAACUGACAAAGAAGUGAAAUGGACCAUGGAAGUAAUUUGCUAUGGACUAACCCUUCCAUUGGAUGGAGAGACUGUAAAAUAUUGUGUUGAUGUAUAUACAGAUUGGAUUAUGGCUUUGGUGUUGCCGAAAGAUUCUAUUCCACUACCAAUUAUUAAAGAGCCUAAUCUAUAUGUUCAAAGUAUAUUAAAACACCUACAAAAUCUUUUUGUUCCAAGACAGGAACAGGGCUCCAGUCAGAUCCGACUAUGCUUACAGGUUCUGAGAGCCAUUCAGAAACUGGCCCGUGAGUCAUCCAUCAUGGCUCGAGAAACCUGGGAAGUCUUACUGUUGUUUCUUCUGCAAAUUAAUGACAUACUUCUGGCCCCACCAACUGUUCAAGGUGGCAUUGCUGAGAAUCUAGCAGAGAAGUUGAUUGGUGUUCUCUUUGAAGUUUGGUUACUAGCUUGCACCCGGUGCUUCCCAACUCCUCCUUACUGGAAGACUGCCAAGGAGAUGGUGGCUAACUGGAGGCACCACCCUGCAGUGGUGGAGCAGUGGAGCAAGGUCAUCUGUGCACUCACUUCCAGAUUGCUCCGCUUUACAUACGGUCCUUCAUUUCCUCCCUUUAAAGUUCCUGAUGAAGAUGCCAAUCUGAUCCCUCCAGAAAUGGACAAUGAAUGUGUUGCACAAACAUGGUUUCGAUUCUUACAUAUGCUAAGUAAUCCUGUGGAUCUGAGUAAUCCAGCCAUUAUAAGCUCAACCCCCAAGUUUCAGGAGCAGUUCCUGAGUGUGAGUGGGAUGCCACAGGAGCUGAGCCAGUACCCUUGCCUUAAACAGCUGCCUCAGAUAUUCUUUCGUGCCAUGCGUGGAAUCAGCUGCUUGGUGGAUGCAUUCUUAGGCAUUUCUCGACCCCGAUCAGACAGUGCUCCCCCAACACCUGUGAAUAGAUUAAGUAUGCCUCAGAGCGCUGCUGUGAACACCACACCGCCACAUAACCGGAGGCACCGGGCUGUUACUGUGAACAAGGCUACCAUGAAGACAAGUACAGUUACUACUGCUCACACCUCGAAAGUCCAGCACCAGGCAUCCUCCACUUCUCCUCUAUCAAGUCCAAAUCAGACUAGUUCAGAACCCAGGCCACUGCCUGCUCCUCGGAGACCAAAGGUUAACAGCAUCUUGAAUCUCUUUGGAUCCUGGUUAUUCGAUGCUGCAUUUGUUCAGUGUAAACUCCAUAAUGGAAUAAACAGAGAUGGCAGCAUGACUGCCAUUGCAACACAAGCUAGCAUGGAGUUUCGACGGAAAGGGUCCCAAAUGUCAACAGACACCAUGGUUUCCAAUCCUGUGUUUGAUGCAAGUGAAUUUCCUGAUAACUAUGAAGCAGGAAGAGCUGAGGCUUGUGGGACAUUAUGUAGAAUUUUUUGUAGCAAGAAGACUGGAGAAGAGAUUCUGCCAGCUUAUUUAUCCAGAUUUUACAUGCUUUUAAUUCAAGGUUUGCAGAUAAAUGAUUAUAUGUGCCAUCCUGUCUUGGCCAGCGUUAUUCUAAACUCCCCUCCUUUGUUCUGCUGUGACUUGAAAGGGAUUGAUGUUGUGGUUCCUUACUUUAUUUCAGCUCUUGAAACCAUUUUGCCUGACAGAGAACUCUCAAAAUUCAAAAGCUAUGUAAAUCCAACAGAAUUAAGAAGAUCAUCCAUUAAUAUCCUGCUUUCUUUGCUGCCCCUCCCUCAUCAUUUUGGCACAGUCAGAUCUGAGGUGGUCCUAGAAGGAAAGUUUAGUAAUGAUGACAGCUCUUCUUACGAUAAACCAAUAACUUUUCUGUCCCUGAAGUUGAGACUUGUGAAUAUACUAAUAGGUGCCUUGCAAACGGAAACAGACCCUAACAACACCCAAAUGAUACUAGGGGCCAUGUUAAAUAUUGUUCAGGAUUCUGCACUUUUAGAAGCCAUUGGUUGCCAAAUGGAAAUGGGUGGUGGAGAAAAUAACCUGAAGAGUCAUAGUCGUACUAAUAGUGGCAUUAGUUCAGCAAGUGGAGGAAGCACAGAACCUACAACACCUGAUAGUGAGAGACCUGCUCAAGCUCUCCUAAGGGAUUAUGCUCUUAAUACAGAUUCAGCUGCUGGCCUCCUGAUUCGCAGCAUCCAUCUUGUCACCCAGAGACUCAACUCCCAGUGGCGGCAAGAUAUGAGCAUUUCCCUGGCUGCUCUAGAGCUCCUCUCUGGCCUGGCAAAGGUGAAGGUGAUGGUUGACUCAGGAGACCGGAAGCGUGCCAUCAGUUCUGUAUGCAGUUAUAUUGUAUACCAGUGCAGUCGGCCAGCUCCUCUUCACUCCCGGGAUCUGCACUCCAUGAUAGUGGCAGCAUUUCAGUGUCUCUGUGUCUGGCUGACAGAACACCCUGAUAUGCUGGAUGAAAAGGAUUGCCUUAAGGAAGUACUGGAGAUUGUAGAACUGGGUAUCUCAGGAAGCAAGUCCAAGAACAGUGAGCAAGAGGUCAAGUACAAAGGUGACAAGGAGCCAAACCCUGCAUCCAUGAGGGUAAAAGAUGCUGCAGAAGCCACUUUAACAUGUAUCAUGCAGUUGCUUGGCGCAUUUCCUUCACCCAGUGGUCCUGCCUCUCCUUGUAGUCUGGUGAAUGAGACCACUCUGAUCAAAUACUCCAGGCUGCCAACUAUAAACAAGCAUAGUUUCCGGUACUUUGUUUUGGAUAACAGUGUCAUCCUGGCAAUGCUGGAGCAACCACUUGGAAAUGAGCAGAAUGAUUUUUUCCCCUCUGUCACUGUGCUGGUCCGGGGAAUGUCUGGAAGACUUGCUUGGGCUCAGCAGCUUUGCCUUUUACCCAGAGGAGCAAAAGCAAAUCAGAAGGUUUUUGUGCCUGAACCUCGCCCACUUCCUAAAAAUGAUGUUGGAUUUAAAUAUUCUGUGAAACAUCGACCAUUUCCUGAAGAGGUGGACAAGAUUCCUUUUGUGAAAGCAGACUUGAGCAUUCCAGAUUUACAUGAAAUUGUCACUGAAGAAUUAGAAGAGAGGCAUGAAAAAUUAAGAAGUGGCAUGGCACAGCAGAUUGCUUAUGAGAUGCACCUGGAGCAGCAAAGCGAGGGGGAAUUGCAGAAGCGAAGCUUCCCUGACCCUGUUACAGACUGUAAGCCCCCACCUCCAGCCCAGGAAUUCCAAACAGCCCGUCUUUUCCUUUCUCACUUUGGAUUUUUGUCCUUAGAGGCAUUGAAGGAACCUGCAAAUAGUCGUCUACCUCCUCACCUCAUUGCACUAGAUUCUUCCAUACCUGGGUUUUUUGAUGACAUUGGGUAUCUGGAUCUUUUGCCAUGUCGUCCUUUUGACACAGUUUUUAUUUUCUACAUGAAACCAGGUCAGAAAACAAACCAAGAGAUUUUAAAGAAUGUGGAGUCUUCCAGAAAUGUUCAGCCACAUUUCCUAGAAUUUUUGCUCUCCCUUGGCUGGUCAGUAGAUGUGGGCAGACACCCUGGUUGGACAGGACACGUGUCCACCAGUUGGUCGAUUAAUAGUUGUGAUGACUGUGAAGGGUCUGAACAAGAUGAAAUAACUUCCUCUGAAGAUGCUGGGGCUAGCGUUUUCAAUGGGCAGAAGAAGGUGCUGUAUUAUGCUGAUGCCCUGACAGAAAUAGCGUUUGUGGUUCCUUCUCCAAUGGAAUCCUUAACUGAUUCAUUGGAAAGUAACAUCUCAGACCAAGAUAGUGACUCAAAUAUGGAUCUUAUGCCGGGAAUACUGAAGCAGCCACCCCUGACACUUGAGUUGGUCCCUAAUCACACAGACAGUCUUAAUUCCUCACAGAGGCUCAGUCCCAGUUCCAGAAUGAAGAAGCUGCCUCAGGGUCGCCCUGUGCCUCCCCUUGGACCUGAGACAAGAGUGUCUGUAGUCUGGGUGGAACGCUACGAUGAUAUAGAAAAUUUUCCCCUCUCAGAUCUGAUGACAGAGAUCAGCACUGGUGUGGAGACUACUGCAAAUAGUAGCACGUCUCUGAGAUCGACAACUCUUGAAAAAGAAGUCCCAGUAAUCUUCAUCCACCCUUUAAACACUGGAUUGUUCCGGAUAAAAAUUCAAGGAGCUACUGGAAAAUUUAACAUGGUCAUCCCUUUGGUUGAUGGGAUGAUAGUCAGCCGACGAGCACUUGGCUUUCUGGUGAGGCAGACUGUAAUAAACAUUUGUAGAAGAAAGCGACUGGAGAGUGAUUCCUACAGUCCACCACAUGUCCGUCGGAAACAGAAAAUCACUGACAUUGUCAACAAAUACCGGAAUAAGCAGUUGGAACCAGAGUUUUAUACUGCCCUUUUCCAGGAAGUUGGACUCAAGAACUGCAGUUCUUAGAGCACAGUUUGUCCGGAUCAGUGAACUCUGGAGUGAGCUCUAACACAGAUCAGUGAAUUCUGGAAUGGGCUCUAACAUCAAAGCAAGAUCAUCCUGUAAAAAUAAAAGCGAAUCACUCUCAAGAGCUCACUUUUGAAUCACCAGAAGAAACAUGGUGUGAAGCCACUGGCUUAAGGACCCCCAGCCUUCCAGUGAAUGGACCAUGCACAGUCACACUCCUGCUGAAAAUGACAACAAGCAUUUUAGCCAUAAACUUUCUUUUAAAAGUGACAAUUUUAGUAAAAUACAAGCCUUGUGAAGAGAAAGGCUUUUAUGCAUCAGUUAAACACAUGCAUUGGUAGUGUCAACAAGUUUGCAAGUUAGAAGCUGAAGAUAGUUUUAUACCUCGCUUUUUAGGAGGGUGUAUUCAAAAUUAAAAUCUGAGAAUCUUCCAGAACUUUUUAGGCUCAAGUUGACACCGGGGAAAAGAAAAGGCUGCAGCAUUGUCAUGUAUCCAUCCACUUGUCACCCCUGUCACACUGACAGAGGUGGAAACAAAUGGGUUUUGAUCAGAUAUGUCUGACAUUAAAAUAUGUCCUAUCUGCUCUCCAUAUUUAAGCAAGUUGUCCCUCUCAUUGCCGUGGAGAUCUGUCACAUGGCCUCAGCUUCUUAUAAGGCAGAUGGGAAAUGGAGGCACAGCUGUAUUCUCUGAUCUAUACUAGUCAUGUUUGUGGGGUUUAAAAGGUGUGAGAGCAGCAGUGCCUCCCUUCUCUAUUGCUGUUCAGUUUAAUGGCAUGAUGAUGGUUAGACGUGGUUCCUCGAUUACAUACCAAGAAAUGUGAGUUCACAGCAGGGUCUGAAAAUUAUUUGGCUUCAUCAUUUAUUUCGGGACCAAGCAGCAAGCUGCAGUAGUUGAGGUUCUAAUUUGUGGUUCAAGAAGUAGUGUCCCACUGCCAUUCACUCAGCUCUCUUUUAGAGGGCACCUGGGCUACAGUCCACAGAAGUUGGUGGCUCGUCCUUAGGUGGCUGCUGCUGUUAUGUUUCUGGACCUAGCCUUCUGAAGGCACAGGUCCCUGCUAAGGCCCUGGAAUAUUUCUGUCACCUCUCUGCUCUAUAUCUGCCAGGGACAAAGCUUAGGAGGUGGCUAGAACCAAAUUGUUUGAGAAGGACUUCUGUUACAGUGCUCAGUAUAUACCUAUUUUUAUGUUCUUUUUCCUUCAGUAAGAUUAUUUGUCUUAGAAAACAAGUGACAUUUAUAGUCCAAGGAGUUGAACAGAGUUGAACAGGGUUGUUCCCACUGGCCCUCUGUUGUCAUUAAAGUCUAUAGAUCAGCA